GCUCAGUAACCAAAGUACUACUAGUGUUUUCCUUUUCAGUGCUACUCAUUUUUCUCAUUUGUCUUUCUAUGUUCCAUCACUUCAACCUUAUUCACACAUCUCAUCAUCUCAAUUUUCAACUAUAUAUUUCUUUCUUCUUAGUUCCUAUAGUCCACUCUCAUCUCUUUUUUUUUCAUCUUUAUAGGAACUAAGAAUUUUCAUAUUCUUUUGCUUUAGUUUCUUUCUUCAACCACUAUUAAAAAUUUCUCCUAUAAAAAAUGAGGUUUGAUCAUCAUGUUAUUUGCAUUUCUCUUUUCUUUUUGGUAAUUUCAAGCUGGAUCAUGCAAGGGUUUGUUAUUGAAGGUAGAAAAACUCAUAAACAAAUUGGUUUUCACAAGAUAGUAAAUGAGGAGAAGAUGUUUCUAAGGGCAAAAAUAGGGUCAAGGCCUCCAAAAUGUGAAAGAAGGUGUAGGACAUGUGGACACUGUGAGGCUAUUCAGGUGCCUACAAAUCCUCAAGUGAAGAAUAGAAAGAUAAGCUCUUCAAAGUUCUCUUCAAGUGCUUAUUCAAGAGGAAAUUACAAUACCAAUUACAAGCCCAUGAGUUGGAAAUGCAAAUGUGGAAACCUCCUUUUUAACCCUUGAAGAAUCCAAUUAAUUGAAUAUCAAUUUAGCUUAUCUACAUAAUCAAGGAUACAAAUUUGUCAAUUUUGUACAUGAUUAUUGAUUAUACACCUCUUUAAAUUUAAUUUUUUGGGAUAUAGCUUUUUUUAUUAUUUUAACUAUAUGCCUUUAUCAAUUGUCCCUAUAUGCUAUCCUUCAUAGCUAUUAUUGUGCUAUGCUACAUCAUUUUAAUUUGAUGGAGUA